CAAAAAAUAUGUCGCGCAAAAUUUUCUUUUCGGCUAAGAUCUGGGGCGAAGAAGCGAGGAGGUGGCGAUCGGCUGGAGGUCUCUGCGGGAGGGCGUGGAGGAGAAAUCGGAUUGUGAAGGAGAAGAGGAACUCAAGAGGAAGAGCCUACGGCGAAUGAGCGAGCAAACCCUAAAUCUUGUUAAAUUAUAGCUAAAUGUCAGCUAAAUCUUGCAACCUGACAGCCGCAAGGAGUAAGGAUCAAGUGCCGUGACCACAAACUUUUUUACUUUUCCCGAUUGAUAUCGGAUCAGAUCUCUUGGCUUCGGAUCGCAGUUUGUUUGAUCCGAGCUAUCGGGAGAAGCUAUGAUCGGCGUUGGCGGAAAGAUCAAGCAGUACUCAAGCGUACUUGACAAACCCCUCAGCAAGGGUAGGCAAGAGGUUAGUCUGAGUGCCUUUGCAUUUUUGUUUUCGGAACUAGUGCAGUACAAUCAGACUCAAGUUGACAAUAUUGCGGAGUUAGAGCGAAGAUUAGAAGAUGCAGGCUAUGCUGUUGGAGCUAGAGUUCUUGAACUCUUUUGCCAUAGAGAAAAGGGUAACAGAAGGGAGACACGACUUUUGGGGAUUUUAUCUUUCGUGCACACCACGGUGUGGAAAGUUCUCUUUGGAAAGGUUGCCGACUCACUUGAGAAAGGGACCGAGCAUGAGGACGAAUAUAUGAUUAGUGAAAAAGAACUUCUGGUGAACCGAUUUAUAUCCAUACCCAAAGACAUGGGAGCAUUUAACUGUGGCGCAUUUGUAGCUGGGAUUGUAAGGGGUGUUUUAGACAAUGCUGGCUUUCCUGCUGUGGUGACGGCACAUUUUGUACCCAUGGAAGGUCAACAAAGACCAAGAACCACAAUUUUAAUAAAGUUUGCUGAUGAGGUACUGCGCAGGGAAGCCAAGCUUGUUUGAACUUCUGGUUGUAUGGUUUUUUUUUACUAAACUUGCAAGUAUUUAGCUGUGGAAAACCUCUUGAUGUGCUCCAAAAAUUUCGGCUUGCCUGAUUUGAUUUUUCUCUUCCUUAUCUGAUCAGUAUUUUUUAAUGAUGAAGUUGCCAAGGCUUGAGGAAUUCACAAAGUUUUUAAUUUGUGACAUCUAGAUAUCAAUAUUGGGAUCUAUUGUAUACAUCAAUGUCAUAAUUUCCAUUCUCAGUUGACUU